GCUCAGCUACUUGGCUCAGCUCAGCUUCUUUGCCUCCCCUCCCCUCCUCCCUUCUCCAGAGGCCUUGCCCCCUGGACCCCAGGGCCCCAACCCUCCCAGGAUAAUCAUCACGAUGAACCUAAGAUGGAGACAAAAAUCAGGCAGUUGGGUAAUAAAGGAAUGAAGCACCCAGCUCAGAUGGGUGGUGUGGUCCAUGGACACUGCACAUGCGAACCCCACUUCUGGCCUGGCUCCCCACCACUGCCAUGUCACUUUGAAGGCGGAGAGCCCCCAGGGUGUGUGUGUAUGUGUGUGUGUGAGAGAGAGAGAUGCUGACAUUACCAUAAUUACAGUAAAACCAAGGUCGGAUGGCUCCAGAUAUUUUAGCAGAAGGAACCUUUCCCAGGCUGACCUGUAAGGAGGAGCCUAGUUCAGUUCCUCAAGGACAAUGUUGAAGAGUGGCAGUGAUGGAGAUGGGCCGGUGAUGAAGAUCAAGCAAGAGAAGCCAGACUGGCUGCUGCAGACACUGGUGCCUCAGGCUGUGCUUUCCGAGAAGGAUAAGGAAAACAUUUUCCAGCAGCAUCUGGCCCUGGCACCAUGCCAGACCAUGGGGAAGCCCCGAGCCUUGGGGGGACAGGAGGAGACCGGGGGCCCAAGGUGGGCUCCUCCCACUGAGCCGGCCAGGGGUCUGGCAGGCCGGGCUCUUUCUGCUGGCGAGGGUCACUUUGUAUGCCUGGACUGCGGGAAGAGGUUCAGCUGGUGGUCGUCCCUGAAGAUCCACCAGCGCACCCACACCGGGGAGAAGCCGUACCUCUGCGGCAAGUGCGGGAAGAGCUUUAGCCAGAAGCCCAACCUGGCGCGCCACCAGCGUCACCACACGGGCGAGCGGCCCUUCUGCUGCCCAGAGUGCGCGAGGCGCUUUAGCCAGAAGCAGCACCUGCUCAAGCAUCAGAAGACCCACUCGCGGCCCGCCACCCACUCGUGCCCCGAGUGCGCGCGCUGCUUCCGCCACCAGGUGGGCCUCCGCAUCCACCAGCGUGCGCACGCCCGGGACCGCCAGGGCGCCCGCGCUGGGCUGCAGGAGUUGCUGCGGGACGCCGCCACCCGCCGGAGCUGUCGCCUGCGGCCUGGGCCGCCGCGGGGCCGCCCCGAGUGGGCCUGGUUGGGGCUCUGCCAGGGCUGGUGGCGCCAGGCGGGGCCCCGGGCCGCAACCGCUGCCGCCGCGGCCGCCACCACCCCCGCGGGUCCUGGCGAGCAGCGCCAGUUCAUCUGCAACGAGUGCGGCAAGAGCUUCACGUGGUGGUCGUCCCUGAACAUCCACCAGCGCAUCCACACGGGCGAGCGCCCCUACCCGUGCCCCGAGUGCGGCCGCCGCUUCAGCCAGAAGCCCAAUCUGACGCGGCACCUGCGCAACCACACGGGCGAGCGGCCGCACCCCUGCCUGCACUGUGGCCGCAGCUUCCGCCAGAAGCAGCACCUGCUCAAGCACCAGCGCACGCACUUGCCGGGCGCCCAGGCGGCGCGCUGCCCCAGCUGCGGCCAGAGCUGCCCGAGCCGCGCAGCGCUGCGGGCCCACCAGCGCGCGCACGCCGCCCCCGCCGCCCCCGCCGCCCCCGCCGCCGAGCCCCAGCGCCCCGGGCAGGCCGUGCGAGAUGCGGCGCCACGCUCUGAGCCGCAGGCCGAGGCGCCCCCGGGCCUGUCGGCACAGCCUCAGGACCCCCAGCCGGCCCGGGGCCUGGGGGCUGUGCCGUGGGGGCGGGCGCGGGCGGGCCUGGGGGGGCCCGGCGAGCCCCGCCAGUUCAUCUGCAACGAGUGCGGCAAGAGCUUCUCUUGGUGGUCGGCGCUCACCAUCCACCAGCGCAUCCACACGGGCGAGCGGCCCUAUCCGUGCCCCGAGUGCGGCCGCCGCUUCAGCCAGAAGCCCAACCUGACGCGGCACCGGCGCAACCACACGGGCGAGCGGCCCUACCUGUGCACCGUGUGCGGCCGCGGCUUCAGCCAGAAGCAGCACCUGCUCAAGCACCAGCGCGUGCACCGGGGGGCCCUGGCGCCCACCCCCAGCGCCAAGGACCAGGCGCUUUAGCGUGCCCGACCCCGGGCAGACUCGUGGGGGGCGGGAGGGGAUGGUGGGGGUGUGUGUGUGGCCUGAAUGGGGGUUUCUACAACCCCUAGGGGUCAAACCCUGGGAACGGGUGAUAUCCCCAAGGCCCCCAAGGCUAGA